AGUCGCACAAUCAAAAAAGAAAUGCACCCUACCGAUUUGCAUUCUAUUGUAUAAGUAAACGCAUGUUUACUUCCGUUUUUUUUUCUAUGUGUUGUGUUAGCAUUUAACAACUAAAGACAUGUCUCUGAUACAUGUGAAGGAAGAGUAUGAAUAUGAAGAGUUACUCGAGGAUGUGUACUGUAAAGAGGAACCCUAUUCAGACGAGGAUACGGCGCGACUUGAGCUAUACGCCGAUCACCAGGUGAAGGGCGAGCUCGUGCUCGGCCCGGAGGUGAUGUUUCCUCCCGAUAAAGCACAUGCGGCACAAGUUGCCCUAGCAACGGAAGGAAGAAAGGAUUUGUCCGCGGAAAAAUCUCCACAGCAUGAGGAAAGUCAGGUUUCAUUGUGUCUCAAACAAUUUGAACUACAAGACUGUGUUGUGCAACUCGAACGCAUACCCCUUUCAUCCCUCGAUAAUAUGAACAUAUCUGAAUAUGCAAAAGACUCAAGACUUUCCCAUGCUAACGAUGAUAAUAAAUCAAGAAAGUACACAAAUAACAUUAAUAAGGAAGUGAAUAAGUCCAAAACUUACAUUUGCGAUACAUGCAACAAAACAUUCAUGAGAAGAAAGCCAUUUCUCCAUCAUUUGAGGAUACAUAACAAACCUUACGCUUGUGAUUUAUGUAAAAGAAAAUUUACACUACGAAAAUAUUUAAGACAACAUGAAUUAGUACAUCGAGCGAAGCAAAAUAUAUCUUGUGACAUAUGUAGUAGGGAGUUUACGAGGAAAGCCAAUUUGCCCAGACAUAUGUUAAAACACACUGGAGAGAAACCGUAUCACUGUGAAAUAUGUGAUACGCAUUUCAGAUACAAGGACACUUUAGCUAUUCAUAAUCCAAAGCACAAUGAUAAGAUGCUAUACACCUGCGAAAUAUGCUAUAAGAACUUUUUAUCUCACUCCAGUUUAUGCAGACAUAAGCUGACACACACUAAAAUAUAUUCGUGUGAAACAUGUGAAAAAAAGUUUACCACUAAGGGUAGUUUAAACAAGCAUUUGUCAACGCAUUUGAAGGACCGACCUCGACCUUUUUCUUGCAAUAUGUGUACCAAAAAGUAUUUUAGUAAAGGGGACUUAACUCUGCAUAUACUUACUCACACCAGCGAAAAGCUAUUCGCGUGCUAUAUUUGCGAAAAGGCGUUCAAGUGCAAACGUUAUUUAUUAAGCCAUCAUCGCCUAUUUCAUAGUGGGAAGAAACCACACUAUAGUCAAGGUGAAACUAAAAAGCCUCACAGCUGCGAAAUAUGUGGAAACAAGUUUAGAAUGAAAUCACAUUUAACAAUACAUCAGCUGAUUCAUAGUGGGGAGAAACCAUUUUGUUGUGAAAUUUGUAAAAAAUCCUUCAGACACGGAUCAACGUUAACCUAUCAUAUGAGAACUCACACAGGCGAGAAGCCAUACAAAUGCGCAGUGUGUGCCCAACAGUUCACGACAAGUAGUAAUUAUAACAAGCAUAAGCGAGAUGCACAUAAGUAACAUAGAGUCCGACUAACCUAACUUUGCACCAACUGAAUAAAACAAAGUGAGGGUCAUUACAGACAUAUUUUUUAAGGUUCC